AUGUACGAUUAUGGUGUAAAAGUGUGCGCGGCAGUGGAAGGAAAAUUCUGUGCAUUCUUCAUUAAACCAUUUAAGUUUACGAAAACACUAAAUGAUUGCUGGACAAACUCACCAAAAGAGCUGAAAGAAGAGUAUGGUGAAUACUGGUUUGGAAGAGGUAAAGACUCACUUCCGUUAAAACAAAGCCAUUUUUAUGAUAAUGCUCAUCGUAAAUUGGGAGGAAGAACCCUUACUAAAGCUAUUUCUGCAACGACCUGA